CGCAGUGUUGGCAGCAGUGUCGACUGUUGCAAAUGGUGGAUUGCGUUUCUUUUUCUUGUGCUCUGUGUAAAAUAUUUACGUAAAAUAGUGUUAAAUUCGUGGUGCGGUGUUUCUGACUAUCGUAAACAUGUCGGAAACACUGCCGAAUACAAAAAAACAAGUUCCAAGGCAACUGCGUGAACGCAAGCAACGUAAACUUUAUUCCGAUGAGUGGGCUCUCGGAGACGAUGAAGUGGAAGGUGGCCGGGGCUUCUCUCUUGCUGACAAGCUGGAGAGUCCCCGCUUUGAACACACCGGUGCUGUACUGGAGAUGCAUGGAACGGACAUCACCAUUUCCUACCUGCAGAAGAACGGAUUCACCACUCCGUUGCUGUUCAAAGAGAAGACCGGACUGGGGCUGAGAGUGCCGACUAGCAACUUUACCGUGAACGACGUGCGCAUGUGCGUGGGCUCCCGCCGCUUGCUCGACGUCAUGGAUGUCAACACGCAGAAAAACAUCGAGAUGACAAUGAAGGACUGGCAGCGUUACUACGACGACCCGAACAAGGAGCGUCUACUCAAUGUCAUCUCGCUGGAGUUUUCUCACACCCGCCUCGAGAACUACGUCCAAGCGCCACGCAUAGUGCGCCUCAUCGACUGGGUGGACACCGUUUGGCCGAGACACCUUAAAGACCAGCAGACGGAGUCGACCAACGCACUCGACGACAUGAUGUACCCCAAAGUGCAGAAAUACUGCCUGAUGUCGGUCAAGGGUUGCUACACCGACUUCCACAUCGACUUCGGGGGCACUUCUGUGUGGUAUCACAUUUUGAGAGGUGCAAAGGUAUUCUGGCUCAUACCGCCCACUGAGAAGAAUCUGCAGCUCUACGAGAAGUGGGUGCUUUCUGGCAAACAGUCUGACGUCUUCUUCGGAGACACUGUGGAGAAAUGUAUUAGAGUUCACUUGCAAGCGGGCCACACGUUCUUCAUCCCAACUGGCUGGAUCCACGCCGUGUAUACCCCGAGCGACUCGCUAGUAUUCGGCGGCAACUUCCUGCACCAAUUCGGCAUCGAGAAGCAGCUCAAGAUCGCGCAGGUUGAAGACGUGACCAAGGUCCCUCAAAAGUUCCGCUACCCGUUCUUCACGGAAAUGCUGUGGUAUGUCCUGGACCGCUACGUGAGCGCGCUGCUGGGCCGCUCGCACCUCGCGCCCGAGACGCAGCCCGGCGCGCCCGCGUCCGCUACACGCGAGCACGUGCACCUCACGCAGCACGAGCUGCAUGGCUUGAAGGCCAUAGUGAUGUAUCUGCACCAGCUGCCCGCAGCGCGCAAGUCUGUCCCGGAGCUGUUGUCUGACCCGAUAGCGCUGGUGCGGGACGUCCGUACUUUGGUGGAGCAACACCGCCACGAUAAACAGAACUUGGCUAUCACUGGCGUGCCGGUGCUCAAAGGUCCCGACGAAGUGGUCUCGGGCGAGCGUCGUCAGUCAAGCGGGCGCGGCGGCCGUGGCGGCUCCACCCGCGGCGGCGCCCGUCCGCGCCCCGACCAUGCCAGCAACGCGCCCAGGCGCCGGCGCACCAGAUGCAAGAAGUGCGAAGCUUGCCAGCGUACCGACUGCGGCGAGUGCGUGUUCUGCCACGACAUGGUCAAGUUCGGCGGGCUCGGCCGCGCCAAGCAGACCUGCGUCAUGCGCCAGUGCUUGCAGCCAAUGCUCCCAGUCACAGCGUCGUGUGCCGUGUGCCACCUCGACGGAUGGAUGCAGACGCCGGUCGCGCCACAGGCUAAGGGUAACUCGGGACGCAACGGGCCAUCGUCGCUGCGUGAAUGCUCUGUGUGCUAUAGCAUCGUGCACCCGGCGUGCGUGCCGCCUGGCGGACAGAUCAAUGAGGACCUGCCCAACUCCUGGGAAUGUUCUACUUGCACUACUAUGGGGCUCAACCAUGAUUACAAGCCCCGUCAUUUCCGCGCUCGUCAAAAGUCUUCUGAUCUUCGCCGCAUGAGCGUGGGCUCAGAUGCCAACAGCCAAAUGAGUCACCACAACUACCAGUCUUCGUUUGGGCACAAACUGCCUGGCCCGCUGCCGUCGGCUGUCAAGUCUGAAGGCUCAGACAACGAGGGCAAAAACGAUGUGACGCAUCUGAAGACUGAGGAGGAAAUAAAGCGCGAAGAGGAAGCGGCCGAAGGUGCCGAGGGCGGCGAAGGUUGGGAGCCCAGCGCCAAAAAGCGGCGCUCCAGCGAGGAGGAUGACGCGCCUAAAAAGCACACGCUGCGCGCACACCUCGCCCUGCAACUUACCCACCACACCGGCAAGGCCCUCAAGAAGCCGUUGUACCCGAUCCGGCCGAUGGGCUUCAUCCAGCAGCCGGGCGCGCCGGGCUCGUCGCCGUGGCUGGACCGCGAGGCCAUGCUGUGCGUGUUCGCCAAGCUCACGCCGCAUGAGCUUGCCGUCUGUGCGCUCGUCUGUAAAGCCUGGGCUGAGUACUCCAUGGAUCCAUCCCUCUGGCGCAGCAUGUCAUUCGUUCAAGUCCGCGUGUCAGCCGCCCAGCUGGCCGGCAUCGCGCGCCGCCAGCCGCUGUCGCUCGGUCUCGAGUGGUGCCAUCUGGCUCGAAGGCAGCUCGCGUGGCUCCUGGCGCGCCUACCAGCGCUCCGCUCCUUGUCGCUGGCCGGCUCGCCAGCCGAAGCGGCGCUCGCGCUGCGUUCGUCCAGUUGCCCUCCUCUCACAUCUCUGGACUUAUCCUUCGCUCGCUGCCUCGACGACGCCAAACUCCGCGGCAUUCUGGCGCCGCCUGAGAACUCCAGGCCUGGUGGAGGAGCCAGGACUGGCGCGGAACCGUCCCGCUUGGCGGCUCUUAGCGUGCUGAGACUGCCGGGGACUGAUAUCACUGAUGUUGCUAUGAGAUACGUUGUGCAGGCCCUGCCCAAGCUGUGCGAGCUAGACGCGUCAUCGUGCGCGCGGCUGACGGACGCGGGCGCGGCGCAGCUGGCNUUAGCUUAG